AUGAGAGAGACCUUGGAGGCCCUCAGCUCCGUGGGACUCUCUGUGGGACAGCCGGAGAUGACCCCUCAAAGUGAGCCUGGGGAACAGUCCCACGAUGCCCAGGAGCGGAUGUCUCCUCCCCGGGAAGACAGAGUGCUGGGUACAUGCUCAGGGCGCGAAGCCCCCAGACCGGAGAAAGGUGCCCCCACGGAACAAGCUGAAGCUCCCUGCAGAGGAGGCCAGGUGUGUGCACCACGCAAGCCUGAGCCCACAGGCUCCUGCCCAGGGGACGAGUGGAUGAUUCGGAAGGUGAAGGUAGAGGAGGAGGAGGAUCGGGAGGCCCACGAGGAGGCGGAAUGGCCCGAGCAUCUGGCAUUACGCCCCAGCCCGUUUCCCCCGUCUGACCUGGGGUCUCUGCCCGCCGCGUAUAAGCUGGAGCCAGGGGCCCCAGGAACACUGGGUGGGCUCGCGCUGACGGGCUGGGUCCCGACCGCCUCGGAGAAGCCCUAUGGCUGCGGAGAGUGCGAGCGCCGGUUCCGGGACCAGCUGACCCUGCGGCUACACCAGCGGCUGCACCGCGGCGAGGGCCCGUGCGCCUGCCCUGACUGCGGCCGCAGCUUCACGCAGCAAGCGCACCUGCUGCUGCACCAACGCAGCCACCGCGGCGAGCGGCCCUUCCCCUGCUCCGAGUGCGACAAGCGCUUCAGCAAGAAGGCCCACCUAACCCGCCACCUGCGCACGCACACGGGCGAGCGGCCCUACCCGUGUGCCGAAUGCGGCAAGCGCUUCAGCCAGAAGAUCCACCUGGGCUCGCACCAGAAGACGCACACCGGCGAGCGGCCCUUCCCCUGCCUCGAGUGCGAGAAGCGCUUUCGCAAAAAGACGCACCUGAUCCGCCACCAGCGCAUCCACACGGGCGAGAGGCCCUACCAGUGCGCGCAGUGCGCCCGCAGUUUCACGCACAAGCAGCACUUGGUGCGGCACCAGAGGGUGCACGCGGCGGUCGGCCGCACCCCGCCCUCUCCCGACGCGCCGGCCUCUCCCACGUCCCCUACCCCGUCCCCCACCGCCUCUUCUCCCGGACCCAAGCCUUUCUCCUGCUCCCACUGCGGCCUGAGCUUCGGCUGGAAGAAGAACCUCGCCACGCACCAGCGCCUGCACAGCGGCGAGGAGCGCCCUUUCGGGUGCGACGAGUGCGCGCUGGGCGCCCCUGUGGACCCCGCGGCCCCCGAGCCCUUGGCCUGCGCGCCCCGAGGCACUCCGGCGCUCCCGGGCAUUCCGGCCGGCGAGCGGUCCUUCCUCUGCCCCGAGUGCGGGCGCAGCUUCACCCACGGGCAGCACCUGGCGCGACAUCGGCGGGUGCACACAGGCGAGCGGCCCUUCGCCUGCGCGCAGUGUGGUCGCUGCUUCGGCUCGCGGCCCAACCUGGUGGCCCACUCCAGAGCCCACAGCGGCGCCAGGCCUUUCGCCUGCGCGCAGUGCGGCCGCCGCUUCAGCCGCAAGUCGCACCUGGGUCGCCACCAGGCGGUGCACACGGGCAGUCGGCCCCACGCCUGCGCCGUGUGCGCCCGCAGCUUCAGUUCCAAGACCAACCUGGUCCGCCACCAGGCGGUGCACACCGGCUCCCGCCCCUUCCCCUGCCCGCAGUGCGGCAAGAGCUUCAGCCGCAAGACCCACCUGGUGCGACACCAGCGCAUCCAUGCAGGAGCCGCCCACCCGGCCUCCGGAUCUGACCUCUCGAGCCCAGCCUGGCCCACGCCCACCGACGUGACCGCACCCGCGCUCUUCUUCUGA